CGGAACUCAAACGCAACAGGAGAAGAAACGGAAGUGUUGGCCUGGUAACAAUUCCAGACGGAUAUUAUUUAUCCCCCUAGGGCCCAAUUUACACUCCUCUCACAGCUUAGCGAUAAUGUUACUUAAACGCUGAAAGGUUCAAUCCAGAAGAAGAAGAAAGGGAAAAAAAUGGAAGAGAUAAAGACCGAGCCUGUGGAUUUUGUGAGGGAAUUUCAAGAAUACCUGACACAACAAACGCAGCAUGUCAACAUGAUCUCUGGCUCUGUUUGCGGAGAAAAGGAGUCAGGGGAGCCGUAUCAAGCCGUUGUCCCCAGGAGUGAGCAGAAUGGUCUGGACCCACCGUCUGUGGAGGUGAGUCUGUCAGUGGAGGAUGGGCCAGAUGUGCAGAUGGACGGUCUGGAGAGGACCUGCGAUGGAAAGUACAAGUGCAGCUACUGCAGCUACGCCAACAAGGGCAUGGCUCGUUUGAUAGAGCACAUCCGCAUCCACACAGGAGAAAAGCCUCACCGCUGCCAACUGUGCCCGUUUGCGUCAGCGUACGAGCGCCACUUGGAAGCCCACAUGCGCUCGCACACCGGAGAGAAACCGUACAAGUGCGACCUCUGCGCCUUUCGCUGUAGCGACCGCAGCAACCUGUCGCACCACCGCCGCCGUCGCCACAAGCUUGUGCCGACGAGGGUUGUCCGGUCUCCUUUCUCCAGCAAGAGGAUGUUGAGCUCCCUGCAGAAGAGGACAGGCUCGCUGGGCUACAGCAGGCGACUGCUCAUUAACUUUAACCCUCCCUCUAUGGGGUUGCCGAAAUCGGAUUAUCUUAAUGACUUGUCUCACAAGAUCCACCAUCAUUUGAACAGCACAGAGUGUAGGAACCAUCCCAAGGUAGACGGGAACAACAGUCACAACAAAGGUGCUAAUGGUUUGAAUUUUAAUAACCCGCUGGACCAGCUGUCUACACUUGCUGGUCAGAUGGCCGAUGUUCACCCUCCUGCGUCUCCAGACAGGGAGUCCUUAACAGACGAGAAGCCCAUCCUCAUACAGCAGGUCACUAGUGAGCACAUUCCAGUUUGUUCAAACGGAGUGCAGACUUCACCACCUCGAAAAGAUUCUCCCAUGUCCGGCCAGGGGAGCUGCAGUCCUGUUCCCGGCCUUAGCUUUGAGAACAGCGUCAACACUCUUACCGCGAGUGUCAGCAACAGCCAGCCGAGCACACCCACCCCUGCUCUGACCACACCGGACCAACAGCUCUUACAUAAAUGCCAGCAUUGUGACAUUCAAUUCCUGGAUAAUAUCCUCUACACAAUUCACAUGGGCUGCCACGGCUACGAACAUCCAUUCCAGUGCAACAUCUGUGGUCACAUGUGUGUGGACAGAUAUGACUUUGCGUGCCAUUUCGCACGUGGACAACAUAAAAAGUGAUUUCCUGCAACACGGAUUCUUACAGAGUCUUAAAUCAUGGUGUUUUUAGUAUAUUGCUUGUACAGCAUCCGAACAUGUUGACACCGAUUUUAUGUCUUUGUCAUGUGCAUUUUUACUAUCACUUUAUUAAUUUUACACUCACUCAAUGCGCUAUAUUGUUGCCUCACUGCAGUCCUACAUGGCUCCCAGCUUUUAAUAUUAGUUGUGGAUUGCUACAUUCAAAGGGUGGACAAAAAAAACAGAACAUCUCGCAAUACAACAGCUCUGCAGUAAGAACAGUAUUAGUUAGGACAUAGUUACCACUGUCUUUCGUCAGUGCAGCUGCUUGUGUUUGGCCAUGUUGCAUAACUCUACAGUGAGUCACCAGAAUUUCACACAGCUCUUAUAAUAAAUCUGAAUUACAAAGGCAGCUACAUCCAUCCAUCCAUUUUCUGUAACCACUUAUCCUCAUCAGGGUCGUGGGCAGCUGGAGCUCAUCCCAGCUGACUUAGGGCGAGAGUUGGGCUGCACCCUGGACAAGUCGCCAGUUCAUCACAGGGGCUUUUAACCUAUUAAGCGCAUGUCUUUGGAGUGUGGGAGGAAGCCGGAGUACCCGGUGAGAACGCACACAGACACAGGGAGGCCUGAGCCGAGGUUCAAACCAUGCACCUUCUUGCACCCCUGUGGCGCCCUAUGCGAUACAUUUGCAAUAAAAUACCAAUGAACAGUAUUUAAAAGCAAACAUUAUGAGCUUCACCAGCUUUGUAUUCAAUGUGGGGAUGUUAAAAGUGUCAUUUUGUCCUCCAUCUGUAUGUUGCUUUCCAUCUCUGUUAAAUUAGCCCAACACAUUUCACUGUGACGUUCAAAGACUGACAGACUAAUUGGCUCAUUUUCUGUUCAAAGUUUGUGUCCAGACAGACUCAUUAUAAUCCUGCUUGCUGUCCUGAUAUUUCUUUGUACCUCACUCCAGACUGCAGAGGGUGUCUAAUGUCUAACUAACUCAUUAGACAGUAGGCAUCAGAUUUCAAUACUGUUUUCCAUCUUUUUUUGUUACUGAUUUAUACCCAUAAACUUUUCUACCAAUAUUUAAAAAUUGUGUUUUGUGCUACUGUACAUACUGAUUUUUAGUUUUUAUCUAAUUUCCCUGUAGCAACUUUUUAUUUGUUAUAACAGUGGAUGUUUAUUUGUGUGACUGUGCGUCUAAAGACCUAUUUAAUUGGUUAUUUGUUUGUAUGUGACUAUCUUAUUAUGAAAAGAAAGUAAGCAAACGGAGACUGAAGGAAAGUUUGGCUUUUGAUUGUGAUUAAAUCUGACAUUUCAAGAAAAGA